UAAUAUCAUCAGCAACAAUUUGAAUGUGGACCCAGUGGCUAGAAAACAAGUGUUCUGGGACAGACACCAGUUAAGAAGUGGCGUGUGAGGGACUACCGAGGGAGGAGGCGCCUGCUGGAGUACAGUGGAUUCUAAGCCUGAGCUCUGCCACUGACUUGCUUGCUGAGUGUAGAUAAGUCAUCUCCCCAAUUUGGGCGUCUGCAAACUGAAAACAGGGCCUCUCGACAGCAGGGUUCUGCCUCUUCCAUCCUGGAAACCUGAUAAUCAAUGACUUUCCAGGAGCUGGAAACCCAGGGACUCAAGGAAGAGAAGCAAAACACCCAGUGUUUCUGUCUGUGCCCUUGUAACCAAGAGUUGCCAGCUCUGGGCCUUUCCUCUCAAUACCAAGUCUCUGGCUGCAUCCAGAUGCACCCUGCAAGGAAUUGAAGGGCCUUGGGAUAUCCAGGAAGAGAUCCUCAAAGAUGUCUCAGAGUCUUUGAACUGUUUGAUCACAUUCCAGCUCUUCCCAUACCUCAAUUUCUGUUGCUAUGGAGACUUCCAAUGGGACUGAGACCUGGUACAAGAGCCUCCAUGCUGUGCUGAAGGCUCUGAACACAACCCUUCACAGUCACUUGCUCUGCCGGCCUGGGCCAGGACCAGGGCCAGGAUCAGGGUCAGGACCAGGGCCAGACAAUCAAACUGAGGAUCGUCGGGCUAGCCUUCCUGGUAGUAAUGACAACUCCUACAUGUAUAUUCUCUUUGUCAUGUUCCUAUUUGCUGUCACUGUGGGCAGUCUCAUCCUGGGAUAUACCCGUUCACGAAAAGUGGACAAACGUAGUGAUCCCUAUCAUGUGUAUAUCAAGAAUCGAGUGUCUAUGAUCUGACGUGAGGUGCCUGAGGACAAUGAGAGAUUAUGAUGCCUGAGGAUUGUCUUCUUAGCCUCUGGAACUCUUCUCGACUCUAUCAAGCCACGAUGUCUCUAGCUAUGUCAGAUCAACAAGAAAUUGGUGAGAGAGUUAGGUCAUCACCGGGACCAGGGAAGAGAGGCUGAUUGGCCCGGUCUCGUGGAUGAGACAUUUUUCCAGACAUAGAUGCACAUUAUAAACUUGGAGCCCAUGAACACAUAUAUAGAAGUAUGGACAACCAGCAAGUAGAAGAGGAAGCUGUGGUGAAGGGAAGUGGGGCAGGAAGAUGCUCUGGAUAUAUAACCAUUUAUAUAUGAUCUUCAAUUGAGAAACCUUGAUAAAACUGAGAAUGCUACUUA